AUGGGGGACUACCAACAGUUCAUUGAGAAGAUCCUGGAUGACUUUGAUGAGGAAGCAGGAAGCACCAUCAAGCCCCACAAGCAGUGUGCCACCCUGGUCUUCAACAGACACAUUGAUGCUGACCAAGUCUGGGCUGAGCUGGUGAAGAUAAUCCAAGAGUGUGGUGUGCUCAAGACGCCAUACAAGAACGUAGAUACCACUAUCAUGGGAGGCUACAUAAUCAAAUUCUGGACGAUGGACCACCUGGACACCUUCCUCAAGAAGCACUAUAUCUACAACAAGAACAAGAGACCACACCAGAAGAUGAUCUCCAUCUACAGACACUCUGACCAAAACAGGUGGAUCAGGGGACUGACCAAACUGCCACCCACCAUAAUCAGCAAGCUGCUCCUUAAGGUGCACCACAUGCACUGCACCAUACACCUCAUCCACAACCAGAAGAACAAACAGUUCAAGGGUUGUGCACAUGUCCUGUGCAAGUCACUUGAAGACGCCAUCCACUUGGACAAGAAAAAAGGGGAGAUCACCUUUGAUGGGAUCAACCUGUGCAAAGUUGACAUCGUCAACAAGAAAUGGACCAACACACCACCGGAGGAACAACCUGUCCCCCACACCCAGACACUGUGA